AUGCGGCAUAGUAGGCGGCAUCUACCGCACCACUUCACUCUCAUGGCCGUCGCACUGUUGCUCAAGUUUGGGGAAAGCGCCGAUGUCGCCAGCUAUGACGGCGACCAUUAUUACAGCAACGCAAGCAUGAAGCUACUCCGAUUUCGCGAUUUUGAGCCUCGCCAGCAAAGUGCGAAAAUUGAAGUUCGCGAAGGCGCAGGUGGGCGUGAAGCUCGUGGAUUUCAUUUUCAUUCGAGCGGCGAUGACGUGAGCGUGGAAUUGGAGUUCAUCGUGCCCUUCUUCAAGGUGCCGGUGAAGCGCAGCAUGUCCAUGGCCAGGGACACUCUACGGAAUAUUCUUAAUCUCCAGACAGGGGCCCUCAUCAACACAGUGGUUGUGGUAGCCGGCGGUGCUAUCGUGGCUGCUGUGGUGCGACUAUUGCUGGGAUCGGUGGUCCUUACACCAUACGGCUACGGUGCUAAAUGGCAUUCCUCUCUCACAGUACGCCGCUUAACGAGCGCCGUGGAGUCCCAACUGGAUGAACAUCAGAUCGAUAUGCCUGCCUGUGCUCAGCGCUACAUCUGCCAGUAUUUGCAACGCAACGCGGCCGCCGUAAGGAGGCGGGACCCGACUGCGGCCAGCCAUGCCAAGCUAAUCCACGCGUUGGCCAAUUUCCAGUGGCUCGACACCUUCCUAAAUGGCACCGCCGUCUUUAAUGCCAUUGGAUCGGCACGAGCAAGCAGCGACUGCGGGCGCAUCUUCCGGAGUUGUCGGUGGUCCCAAGUCAACCUGGGCUGGAUGCGUGCAAUGCCGCGCUUCUUUCAGUAUUUCAAUGGUUAA